CUUCCACCCAUCAUCCUCGUCUGCUUUGUUCCGUGUUUCUCCCAUCGAUUAUCCUCGGUCUUCCAGGAUGGGUGCUCAAUAGCUCCCUGUUUGCUAGCUUCCUUCCGAAUAUCAAUCUCGCCAUUCGACUUGAAUGUGCCUUGAAUUCCUUCUUGCCUUCCCACCCAUCGUCAGCUUCUUCGGACUUGGCCAACUAACCCACUCCCUCUUCCCUGUGACCACCUUAUCACUCCACCCACGUGAGCCACCGAGUGGCUUAUCUAUGGCGCUUAGUACCUCCCCUCUACCUCUUCCCUGCUUUGUACUAUUCAACAACUACUCCUUUUGUCCCUCAUAUUCUUACCACACUCGGGGCAUCAUGGCGAAUAAAGCUGCCGUUCCAUUCCUGGUGACGAUGAUGCUCGUCACCGGGGUGUGCAACACCAUCCUCAACAAAUACCAGGACAUGCAAUGCGUGUGGAAUUGCGACUCGCCCUAUCCCAAAUACCGUCGCACCUUCGAGCAACCCGUUAUCCAAACUAUUCAGAUGUUCACCGGAGAAAUGGGAAGCUGGCUGGUGAUUCUCAUGACCUGGCUGUAUCAACGGUAUCUUGCUCCGCGCUUGUCCAACAACUCUUCGCCCCUUCUAGCUGGCGGUUAUCACCCUGUCAACAAUACCGAAGGACUCGACGAUGAGGAAGAUUAUACCAUCAGAGGGCCAGAAGCCUCAGAUGAUGUCACGAAGCCCGCCACGCUAGCAGACGGUCGCGUUCAUCUUCGAGGAUACAAGAUCUUUCUUCUUGCUGCACCAGCGUGCUGCGAUAUCGCGGGCACAACUCUGAUGAACGUCGGGUUGCUCUUUGUUGCUGCCAGUGUCUACCAGAUGACUCGCGGUGCCCUCGUUCUAUUCGUCGGCCUCUUCAGUGUUCUUUUCCUCCACCGCAAACUUUAUCUCUAUCAUUGGUUGGCGCUGUUCAUUGUGGUCUUAGGCGUUGCUCUGGUCGGUCUUGCAGGUGCCCUCUUCGCCGACAACCAAGGGCACGACGUCACCCAAGGAAGUGCUGCCACCGUAGUAACCCAUGCUAUCCGGGAAGUCCAGGCCACAACGCGGUCUCCGGAAGCACUGAAAGCUGUCGUUGGUGUGCUGCUUAUAGCCGCAGCCCAGAUCUUCACUGCGUCCCAAUUCGUUCUGGAAGAGUGGAUCUUGGAAAACUAUGAAAUGGACCCCCUCCAGGUCGUUGGCUGGGAAGGUAUCUUCGGGUUCUCUGUCACCGUCAUUGGCUCGAUCAUCUUGUACUUGACCAUCGGACGUACGGAGGCCGGCCGCUACGGCUACUUCGAUGCAAAGGAAGGAUGGAGCCAGGUUUUCCAUAACCGAGCAAUCGCCAUGUCCAGUUUCUUGAUCAUGAUCAGUAUUGGCGGAUUCAAUUUCUUCGGUCUCUCCGUCACCCGCACCGUAUCCGCUACUUCCCGCAGCACUAUUGACACCUGCCGGACCCUCUUCAUCUGGCUCGUCUCCCUCGCUCUGGGCUGGGAGACCUUCAAAUGGCUACAAGUCGUCGGCUUCGCGCUCCUCGUCUACGGAACCUUCCUCUUCAACGACAUUGUCCGCCCGCCGCUCAAAGCCUGCCUUCCUAGUUCUCGCCGCGACCAAGAGAUUCUUCUCCCUGAAGAGCCGAUUGAGCAUAUGUAAGUUGUUCGGCUCACUUCAUCUUCGCAUGAUACACAUCACACACCCAACUCGAAACCAAGAGUACAUCACCUUGAUCGGUUACGUCACGUGUCUCUUGUCCUUGAUGGACCAGACACCGCUACAGGUUUUGUUUGAUACUGGAUAUCUAUCGCUCUCGCAAUACAAGUGCUUCAUGUUCUAGGCAUGGGCAUAUCUUUGUCAUUAGUUGAUUUUUGGUUCAUUAUGGGCGUUUCAGUUUUGGCUGCGUUGCUCUAGGAAUACAAAUUGGAUUAUAGAGGCAGGUACUCAGGCUUGAAGCCGCUGGUGAGUGGGGUUUGUUUCUGGGAAACAAUAUACAGUAUCUCUUUCUUUGGUCUUAUGUUCGACUUAGCUGUGUGUAACUGGCGUCUCUGAGAUUUGUUGGCUUAGACAACGAAUCAUAUACUCGGAAUGUGGGUAUAUAGAG